GCCGGGCCCGCAGAUGCCGGCGGGGCCGUUACGCUACGCCCGUGGCCGGCCUCCUUUCUCCAAGGGGGCUGGCGGCGAGCAAAGGCGGCUUCCUACAGGAGGCGGUAAUGGGCCCGGGGUUCGGAGGCUGGAGGUCGGUCGCGGUCCGGCCGAGGGAUUGUUCUGUGGUCAGUAUCCCGGCGCGGUCGCAUGAGGCUGGCUCAGGUCUCCGGACAGCCCCUUCCCCGCCUCCAUGCCCCCCGAGGAUGCGUGAGGGAUGCGGCCUUUGGCCGGGACCUUUUUUGGGUGUGAGGAGGCGGCAGGUGUUCACCCCUUGGCUCUGAACCGGCCGUCAUUCAGUCCAGCCCUUCAGCACCACAUCUGACUAGAAGAAGGAUUGCCCCUCCCCCGCAACAUGCACACACCUUGGGGAGCACAGAUUAGUCAUUCUGUCCUGUUACUGGCUCAGGCAGACUUGAGGCUGUCAGGUGUCCUAGAUCCAUGGUUUAUCCUUACCCUCAUCUCAGUAUCUGGUUUUGAGGAAUUCCGUUUUGGAUGGAGAAAUGGCUCAGAAUCCACUGGCUCUUCUGUGGGAAACUGGGUGGAAGGUGUUUGUGGCUCUGAGCUGAUGCGUGAGGGGACCUGGGAGCAAGGGGAUGAUGCCUGUUCCAGUCUCAUAUGCCCCUUCCUGCCUGGGAGAAGAAUGGUGCUGAAGAGGUGGGGUGGCAUCUGGAUUCUUUUACCUUUUUCAGCCUAGCCUUUGCAGGCCCUUUACUGUUUGGGAUAAUGGAUGGGGAGAGAAACCUGUCUUGGGCGGGAAAAAAAAACUGAGCACUGCACAGGUUCUGGCAAGGUUCUGGAGCAGGUUCUGGCAAGGGUGGGAGGUGUUAGCAGGCAGGUGGGAGUGCUUUGGCUACAGGACCUUGGCUGGGCAGCGGCAGCACCUGGGUUGGGCCUGUUCUCAACCACAGAGCCUGAUCCUCCUGCUGCUUGAUUGUCUCCUCCUUUCCUGUCUUCCUCCUCCACCUCCUACUUCUCGGGUGGUGACUAAGCAGCCAGUGAGAGUGAAGGAAAAGUGAGCACCCUGCCCAGAGCACCAGCCCUGUGGGCUGGAGCCAUGGCUUCUCUCCAGAGUGGUGGAGAAGCCUAGGCCCAGGCCAUAGCCGCCUUGACCUGGUUCCUCGUCGGCCAGGCUUCCAGCUUUCUGGGUCUGUUAUGGCAGGCGAUGGGGAGGCUUGACUAGUAAUACUUGCUGCAUUAUUUAUUCUCCAUUCAGAAUACCUUGAGGGAGUCUAGGGCUAUUUCAGGUGGCCAGGAGGUAUUACUCUGUAGGGUUAGGAGUGUCCUGGGUUACUGAGGCCUGGCUGCAGCCAAGGAGCAAAUAGUUGGGCCUUAGCAGUGAUCACUGGUCUUUUCUCAUUAGGCUGUCAGUUCCUUGCUGGAGAAUUUGGCCACAAAGAGUUGCCAAGAUAGCUGGGCCAGGAAGGAAGCGCCGCAGCCCUGACCCAGACGCCGUUGCCGACCCUGGGGCACUCUGGCUGUCAACCAAGCGGCUCAAGAUGUCUGGCGGGGCCAGUGCUAUGGGCCCAAGGAGAGGGCCACCAGGACUGGAAGAGGCCACUAGUAAGAAGAAGCAGAAGGAUCGAGCAAACCAGGAGAGCAAGGAUGGAGAUCCUAGGAGAGUGUCCAGUCCUCGGGAGGAGCAGACCAAAGAGGAGUUGUUGCUUGAUUGGAAGCAGAAUGCAGACGAGGUGAUUGUUAAGCUGCGCGUGGGAGCGGGUGCUCUGCGGCUAGAGGAGGUGGAUGCUGCAUUCACAGACACUGACUGUGUGGUGAGGCUUCCAGAUGGUCGGCAGUGGGGUGGUGUCUUCUACGCUGAGAUCGAAAGUUCUUGCACCAAAGUGCAGGCCCGCAAGGGUGGUCUCCUGCAGCUAGCGCUGCCCAAGAAGGUGCCUCUGCUUACGUGGCCCUCUCUCCUGAAGAAACCUCUAGGGACCCAGGAGCUGGUGCCAGGGCUGUGGUGCCAGGAGAAUGGGCAGGAGCUGUCUCCUGUUGCCCUGGAGCCAGGUCCUGAGCCCCACCGGGCCAAGCAGGAAGCCCGGAACCAGAAACGGGCCCAGGGCCGUGGCGAGGUAGGCGCGGGGGCUGGCCCCGGGACCCAGGCAGGGCCCAGUGCCAAGAGGGCUGUGCAUCUCCGCAGAGGGCCCGAGGGGGAAGCGCCCAGGGAUGGUCCUGGACCCCGGGGCGAUGCCCCACCCUUCCUGGCUGAGCCAGCCACCCAGGCUGGGGCUGAGGAACAGCUCCGAGUACCACUGCUGAACCAGACCUGCCUUCUGGACUCAGAAGAGAGUCUAGCCCUUUUGGCAGGAGAGAAGGCAGUAUCCCCCAGGAAUGACCCAGUCUCCCCAGCAACAGCCCGGAGCAGAGACACUGGGAAAAGUGACUGCUCCAGGGAGGAGGUGGCAGUGGCAGCAGAUGCUGUAACCUUGGUGGAUGGUAAAGACCCUGAGUCCAUGGUGAGCCUGGCAUUUGUCAAGAAUGACUCGUACGAGAAGGGGCCAGACUCAGUGGUGGUUCAUGUGUACGUGAAGGAGAUCUGCAGGGACACUUCUCGAGUGCUUUUCCGCGAGCAGGACUUCACACUUAUCUUCCAGACCAGGGAUGGAAACUUCCUGAGGCUGCACACGGGCUGCGGGCCCCACACCAUCUUCCGCUGGCAGGUGAAGCUCAGGAACCUGAUUGAACCAGAGCAGUGCACCUUCUGUUUCACGGCCUCUCGCAUCGACAUCUGCCUCCGUAAGCGGCAGAGUCAGCGCUGGGGGGGCCUGGAGGCCCCAGCUGCACGAGGUGCAGUGGGUGGUGCAAAGGUUGCCGUGCCGACAGGUCCAACCCCUCUGGAUUCAACCCCACCAGGCGGUGCUCCCCAUCCACUGACAGGUCAGGAGGAAGCCCGGGCUGUGGAGAAGGAGAAACCCAAGGCUCGAACUGAGGACACGGGGCUGGAUGGUGUGGCAGCCCGCAAUCCCGUGGAACAUGUAGCCCCAAAGCCAGAGCCACACCUGGCCUCGCCUAAGCCCACAUGCAUGGUGCCCCCAAUGCCACACAGUCCUGUGAGUGGAGACAGUGUGGAGGAAGAGGAGGAAGAAGAAAAGAAGGUGUGUCUGCCAGGCUUCACUGGCCUUGUCAAUCUAGGCAACACUUGCUUCAUGAACAGCGUCAUCCAGUCUCUGUCCAACACACGGGAGCUGCGGGACUUCUUCCACGACCGCUCCUUUGAGGCUGAGAUCAACUACAACAACCCACUGGGGACUGGUGGGCGGCUUGCCAUCGGCUUUGCGGUGCUGCUGCGGGCACUGUGGAAGGGCACCCACCAUGCCUUUCAGCCUUCCAAGUUGAAGGCCAUUGUGGCGAGCAAGGCCAGCCAGUUCACAGGCUACGCGCAGCACGAUGCCCAGGAGUUCAUGGCUUUCCUGCUAGAUGGGCUACAUGAGGAUCUGAACCGCAUCCAGAACAAGCCCUACACAGAGACUGUGGACUCAGAUGGGCGGCCCGAUGAGGUGGUGGCUGAGGAAGCGUGGCAGCGUCACAAGAUGAGGAACGACUCUUUCAUCGUAGACCUAUUUCAGGGCCAGUACAAAUCGAAGCUGGUGUGUCCUGUGUGCACCAAGGUCUCCAUCACUUUUGACCCAUUUCUCUACCUGCCGGUACCAUUGCCACAGAAGCAAAAGGUUCUCCCCAUCUUCUAUUUUGCCCGGGAGCCCCACAGCAAGCCCAUCAAGUUCCUGGUGAGUGUCAGCAAGGAGAACUCCAGCGCGAGUGAAGUGUUGGACUCCCUCUCUCAGAGUGUCCAUGUAAAGCCUGAGAACCUGCGUCUGGCUGAGGUGAUUAAGAAUCGCUUUCAUCGCAUGUUCCUGCCCUCCCACUCGCUGGACACUGUAUCCCCAUCCGACAUGCUUCUCUGCUUUGAGCUGUUGUCACCGGAGUUGGCUAAGGAGCGGGUGGUGGUGCUAGAGGUGCAACAGCGCCCCCAGGUGCCCAGCGUCCCCAUCUCCAAGUGUGCAGCCUGCCAGCGGAAGCAGCAGUCAGAGGAUGAGAAGCUGAAGCGCUGUACCCGGUGCUAUCGCGUGGGCUACUGUAACCAGCUCUGCCAGAAAACUCACUGGCCUGAUCACAAAGGCCUCUGCCGCCCUGAGAACAUCGGUUACCCCUUCCUGGUCAGUGUACCUGCUUCACGCCUCACUUAUGCCCGUCUUGCUCAGCUGCUGGAGGGCUAUGCCCGGUACUCAGUAAGCGUAUUCCAGCCACCUUUCCAGCCUGGUCGCACAGCUUUGGAAUCCCAGGGCCCUGGCUGCACCUCACUGCUUUCCACUAGCUCUCUGGAGGCUGGGGACAGCGAAAGGGACCCUAUCCAGCCUCCUGAGCUCCAGCUGGUGACCUCUGUGGCUGAGGGAGAUACAGGGGUCCCCCGGGUGUGGUCAGCCCCUGAUCGGGGCCCUAUGCCCAGCACCAGCGGGGUUUCUUCAGAGAUGCUGGCCACUGGGCCCGUUGAGAUUGGCUCUUUGCCUACUGGUGAGAGAGUGUCCCGGCCUGAAGCUGCCAUUCCCGGGUACCAACAUCCAAGCGAAGCCAUGAGUGCCCACACACCCCAGUUCUUCAUCUAUAAAAUCGAUGCAUCUAACCGAGAGCAGCGACUAGAGGACAAAGGAGAGGCCCCACUGGAGCUAGGUGAUGACUGCAGCCUGGCUCUGGUCUGGCGGAACAACGAGCGCCUGCAGGAGUUUGUCUUGGUAGCCUCCAAGGAGCUGGAAUGUGCUGAGGACCCAGGCUCUGCCGGUGAGGCUGCCCGUGCUGGCCACUUCACCCUGGACCAGUGUCUGAACCUGUUUACACGGCCUGAGGUGCUGGCACCGGAGGAGGCCUGGUACUGCCCACAGUGUAAACAGCACCGUGAGGCCUCCAAGCAGCUGCUACUGUGGCGCCUGCCAAACGUGCUCAUCGUACAGCUCAAACGGUUCUCCUUUCGCAGUUUCAUUUGGCGUGACAAGAUCAAUGACUUGGUGGAGUUCCCUGUUCGGAAUCUGGACCUGAGCAAGUUCUGCAUUGGCCAGAAGGAGGAGCAGCUGCCCAGCUACGAUCUGUAUGCUGUCAUCAACCACUACGGGGGCAUGAUUGGUGGGCACUAUACCGCCUGUGCCCGUCUACCCAACGACCGCAGCAGCCAGCGCAGCGACGUGGGCUGGCGCUUGUUCGAUGACAGCACAGUGACGACAGUGGAUGAGAGCCAGGUUGUGACGCGUUAUGCCUAUGUGCUCUUCUACCGCCGGCGGAACUCUCCUGUGGAGAGGCCCCCCCGGGCAGGCCACUCUGAGCACCACCCAGACCUAGGCCCUACAGCCGAGGCUGCUGCCAGCCAGCUUUCCUCCACAUGCUUCCCACGAGCCAGCUCACAGACCCUCCCUUGUCAUCAUCCCUGUGUUCUGGUGUGUACCCAGGGCAGAGCCUAUCUGGGCUGGCCACAGCCCUGGGUGGCAGUCAUCAUCUCUCAGGCUUCCCGGAUUUGGCAGGAGCUGGAGGCCGAGGAGGAGCCGGUGCCUGAGGGGCCUGGGCCCCUGGGUCCCUGGGGGCCCCAAGACUGGGUGGGCCCCCCGCCACGUGGCCCCACCACACCAGACGAGGGCUGCCUCCGGUACUUUGUCCUGGGCACCAUGGCGGCUUUGGUGGCCCUCGUACUCAACGUGUUCUAUCCUCUGGUGUCCCAGAGUCGUUGGAGAUGAGCUCGCCUGCAGGCAGCUGCUGUGAGCUGGCCCACCUUCCUGCCCACCAGGCCAGGCUGCCUCUGGUGGGGACCCACUCUGGGCUUUGGGCCUCGGUGUAUGCAUCUGGGGGUUGAGGGUGGGUACUGAGGCCCCAACAGGGGCAGAGAGUCCUAGGGCGGUUAUCCGUCCAGCUGUAUGUCCAUUUAUCCUGCUGCCCUGACCCUUGGCCUGGGGCUUGGCCCUGCCCAAGCUGCUUCCUGUACUUAAAGUGUUAAUAAAGCGAGACUGUUCAGGCCCGA